CGAUCCGAAUGUUUGGAUUGGUAUCGAUUACUAAAUUUAGACGUUUGGGAUUUCACCAUUUUCGUUUUUUAAAUUGACGACAUGGAGAUAGAACUAGACAUAGACUUUACUGAUUCGGAAAAGGAGUGCGAGUACUUCCCACAUGAUCCCGAAGUUACCGAUUUCACUUUGAUUGUGGAGGGUAGAAAGUUGCAUGUGCUUAAGGGGGUCUUGAUUGAUGCCUCAAAAGUAUUUCGAAGAAUGUUGACUGGUGAAUUUAAAGAAAAGAAUAUGCCAGAACUGGAACUUCCAGGAAAAAAGUAUUCCAGUUUUGAAUUGUUUUUGAGAUGUAUUUUUCCUAGAGAAUAUACACUGACAGAAGCUCGCAUUGACGAAAUUCUACCACUUGCAGAUGAAUACGACGUGAAAAGUAUUCGUCAUAAAUGUGAAAGCUGGUUGCUGACGGAACUCGAGUUCAAAGAGGCCAAAGUUCAUCCUCACUAUGUCAGCGUUGACAACGAUGUAGCAUUUCUGAUAAAAUGUUUCUAUUAUGGAUCGAUUUAUUGCUUAGAAGAGUUGUAUAAGAAAUCAUUCGACAGUAUCUUACCGUAUAAACUUGAAAGGUAUGUCGAAAACACACAUUACCUGAUGCUGCCCGAGAAAAACAAACGUGAACUGACAGAAACGCGACUCUUGAAAAUUGAAAACGAUUAUAAUAAUAAAACGGGGACUUUUAUUGCAGUAACAAGUGCCUUUAGUUUGAGACGCGUUUCAAAAGGAAAAACUGGUUAUGCGGGUGACGACCAUGUCUUGUCACGUGUUCGGCGCAUCAUCGGGGGAACUCCUUUGUCAGAUGGUGAGGCCCCCUAUCUAACUUUCGUUUUUACUGAUGGAACUUCUCGUGGCAAACGCAGUAUCUUCCGGUCUUCAUUUCAAGACCCCCAGACCACUAAUCCUCCAGGGAAUUUUGAUGACCCAAAGGCGUUUUGUACCGGAUCUCUUGUCAAUGAACAAUGGGCAUUGACAGCGGCUCAUUGCUUUGAUGGAACAACAUCAGGUGUGAGUUUGAGUGACCCCUCUGUGUGGAGAUUAAAGCUUGGAACUGCUUCCCUUCGUAAAACAAGAGGCAAUAGUAAAAGGUUUCCUUGGUUUAACCAGCGGUUUAGAAAGACUAACGCACAUAGCCCUCAGUAUGUGGAAAUUGAUAGGAUUAUUAGACACCCAGAUUAUACUGAAGACUCACUAGCCAAAGACGACAUAGCUGUUGUUCGCCUUCGAGAACCAGUCGACUUCGGUCCUUACGUCAGAAACAUCGAAUUCAACACGGACAGCGACUAUCCUCCCGAUGGAACGGAGUGUUUUACACAAGGCUGGGGUUGUACUACAAAUGAUGGACCGGGCGACAGUGGUGGACCCUUGAUUUGCGAGAGAGAUGGAAAUUUUGUUCAAGUUGGAGUUACAAGCCUUGCCAAUAAAGAUGACCCUGGGAAUUCCCCGGCUAUUUUCGUGCGGAAAUUGCGAUGGUUCCGAAAAACCGAUUUUCAUAGUCCACAGUAUGUGGACAUCGAUAGGAUCAUCAUCCAUCCCGACUACACCAUAGAUUCUGUUGCUAAAGAUGACAUUGCUCUGCUACGCCUUCGAGAUCCAGUCUCGUUUGGUCAGUACGUCAACAACAUCGAACUGAACACGGAAGACGAUUUCCCGCCAGACGGAGAAGACUGUUUCGCACAGGGCUGGGGCUGUACCUCAAAUAACGAUCAACAGCCAAGCACUGUAGCAAAAACAGUCGAUCUUCCGAUCUUUGAUUCAGCCGAUUGCAGCUCUCAGGUGGAUAUUGAAUAUGCUCUCUGUGCGGGGGAAUUUGACCAAAAUAAAGGAAUUUGCUCUGGUGACAGCGGUGGUCCGUUAAUAUGUGAGCGAGAUGGAAAACUUCUGCAAGUUGGAGUUACAAGCCUUGCCAGAGAACAAGACCCUGGAAAUGCCCCCGGCAUUUUCACGCGGGUCUCUAAGUAUGUAGAGUGGAUAGAGAGCAUCACUGGUUAGCAAAGCAAUCGGGAUAGAUUUCACACUCCAAUGCCGUUAUAAUAAACAGUUUGCUUAAAACCAAAAAAGCAAAAGGGGUUGUUUUUUAUGAAAGAAACUAUUUUGAUUGUAAAAUCUUUUUAAUGUAAACUUCGGGGAAAAUUAAAUGAACUUUUUAAUUAUAUUGGAAAAAAUUGGACCAGCGGCUGGAAAAAAAACUUGCAUGGACAAAUACGCUUUGCUGCGCAAAUAACUUGUACAGAGGACAUUGAUGAAUGCUGAUUAAUAGAGUAAAUGGCAAUGAAUAAAAUAUAUGACAGAAUUUCCACCAUUACAUUAAUUUCGUUCAAAAAUCAUGAAUUAGUAUUAUUUACAUUCUUGAACACAUAAUUAUGCAUUCCCGUUUUACGUCGAAUUGUGGGUAAAUAUAAAACAUAUUAAAUUUUAAAGAGUUCGGUAAAUAAAGUGUUUUCGUCACGUACAAUGGAAAAAAAAUGUAAAUAAUAUGGUAGAUUUAUAAGAAAGACAAUGAACAACAAUGGCGCAAUUACACUUCUAGUGGAGCCUAUACAUACAGGAAUACAACAGGCGGUGCUAUAUAUUCUGUGUGCAAAAUAGAUUGCACGUGCUUCACAGGUACAGACCUCUUAUACAUUGGAGAAUCGACAAUCGUGUCAAAAUAUUCAUACUCAUUCAUAUUUAGUUAUUCUCUAGCAAAAAAUAUAAUUAUGCUUUCGGGGCAUUUCGAGUUGAAAUCUUUGUGUAUCAAUUUUCUUUGAACAGAAUGUCUCAAAAAAAUGCUUUGUAAAUCAAGUCAAUCCUAGUGAAAAUAUGCAUGAAUGGAAGAUUGUACUUGCUGGUAAUAAAGAUUUGCAAAUCAAAGCUAAACGAAGAUUUGGUACGCUUUUAAAAAUACAUUGGACAAUUGCUAUAAAGAUUUACAAGUGACAUACUCAGAACAUGUAUGCAAACUAUCAAAAGAACUCAAGCCAUUAUCAACAACAUUGAGUUGGAUCAAGCAAACAUAACUUGCUUAGCUGUAAAUAAAUCUAAAAGCGAUUGUAUAUGGACCACUUAAAGCAUGUAAAUGUACUAGUGUUAACUUGUGUGUGAACCAUAAAAUAAAUGUACUUAAUCCAUGAAUUUAAAUGAUACAGCCUCCAAGGCAAUUUAAGAACAGGUUUUUGAAAAACUGCAUUCCUUUAAAUAAAAAAACAAAACAAGGUUGUUAUCUGGAAAUAUUUAAUGAUUUUAUGAUAAGACUUAUGCCUAGCCUGCUAACAGAUGCAUAUGUAUGAUAAAGAUGACCUAGGGUCACAAUUCACAACCAAUGGAAAGCUCACAAUCCUAACACAAGACAUAUGGCUUACAUGUACGGUGAUUCAUGUGCAUUUUAUAAAGAUAUAAAAAGUCAACGUCUCAUUAAAUGUGUAAUCAAAUGUCAUCUAAUAAUCAAAUAAAAAUGCGACAAAAACCUUAAAAUUAUAUUUAAAAAUAUUAAUGUAAAUUUUUAACAACUAUGUAAAAAUGAAAGUGUAUGUGACAUGAUGAUGCUGUAAAUGUUUCAAGUUUAACAUAUGUAAAGAAUGUACAAGUUUAUACUGAUUUUCUUCUGCUGGGAAUAAAACAAGCAAUACAUACUAAUAUUUCUCUCUAAAUUGUAAUGGGCAAAAUCUAGUAUAAAGUAGAAAAAAACCAAUACAUUGACAGUUCAAAUGAAUAAAUUUCUUAACCUUUUUAUACAAUAGUGUUACAACCAGGUUGUUUUUUCAUGGUACCAUAUGUGUAUUUUAAUAAAAUUUGUUCACAACCUACUGUCCAAAUCACAGAUUUUUUAAUAAAAAAAAAUUCUUAAUGCAAGAAGAUUUAUAUAUAUAUCAACAACCUUU